AAAAGUGUUGUUGGCACAUACGCCUGGAUGGCUCCUGAAGCAUAUAAGUUUCAACAGUACUCCGAAGCUUCUGAUGUUUGGAGCUACGGUGUUGUGCUGUGGGAGUUGCUUACCCGCAAGGAUCCUCAUCAAGGACAGCUGCCCAUAACAGUAGCUUACAUUGUUGAUCCAGAGAAGCGACCCACCUUUGCUCAUCUUUUAGAUCAGUUUUUAGAAUAUCAAGAAGAAUUGGAGCGCAGUGGCUUCUCGGAAGAACAGGAAGCUCUCGUGCAACGAGUACAUACUGAUAUUGAGAAAGAAAUCACUCAGUUUUACGUCAAACUGAAUCGCGACGAGGGACACGAGAAAAUGCGGAUGAUGUGUGAAAAGCUAUAUGAACAAUUGGAAAUAAGGGGUGAUGGGCGUUCAAAGCUACCGGAAGCCGCCGCACCUGAAGUUCGGGAGCGACGUCGGGGCAAAAAGAAGAUUGAGAAACAAGAUAUAUCAAAACCUCAGGGUACGUUUCUAUAA